AUGGCUGCCCUGAAGGAGCCGUUCUCACGCGUCGUGGCUGAUACCUCGAGGGGCUUUAUCCCCGGUGGAAAUGGAACCCCGACCAUAUGGCCCCGUGAUCUGAUGUUUUGUCGCUUGCCGGUCGUUUGGCGUGUUCUUGGGCGGGCUCCUUGGUACCGGUCGUCAAAACGCGCAGGUCUCUAUUGCGGGUUUCCCAAUCCAAGUGGCCCGGCUCGCUUUGAUCUACACCCAGCGUUCUAUUUGACGAGGCAAAAAUUGGACGAGCGGAAGUACGCCGGUUUGAGCCGUCGCGGGAAGCCUGAGAAGUUAGAUUUGGCCGAAGAAGAGAAUAGAGCAGGUAUUUGCUGGUGGGGUGAAGAGGUUUCUACGUUACGAAUUGAGUCGAAGAGUGAGAGAAGGGUAAAACAGGAAGAAACAAAGAGAAAAGGAGAGAAGAAGUGA